CUUAAUUAUUCUUGUCUGCUUCACAGCGGUAGUACCGAGAACGUACCGGGGUGUGAAACACAAAUUUGCCGGCAGAACAACACCAAAAGAGCGGCAAAGUGUUCACGUUUAAUCGUUCGAAGAACAAACUUCAAGUAAUUGUUAUUAUCCUGGCAACUGAUGACGAGGCGAAACUCCGAACGACUGAGGUAGCAUUAAAACAGUUCAGAAAUAGGCGCCGUCUGUCGAGUCUCCGUGAAAUAUUUUCAGAGACUUGUCUUUGAAAAUAAAUAGAUUUGUCUAUUGGGAACAAUUAAUACUCCAACGAACAUAAUGGGAUACGUCGUUUAACUUGGGCGGGUUGACAACAACUGGGGCAAUUUGGGAGGACCUCUGGGUGGACACCGCAAGCGGCCCGUGUCCACAUCAGCGACAGAAGCCGGGGUGUCGGCUUGAGAGUCUUCGGGUGAAAAAUCUCCAACACUAGAGCUACAGCGCUGAAUAAAUAGCGUCGUACGAACAGGAGCUGCGCCGAUAUUUGACCAUUGGGAGCCGGGGAGUAUCCGGACAGAGACCUCAUGAAUGGAAAUCGGAACUUCAGGAGAUGUUGGGGCCCAGGCCCUGUUCUCAGUGCCACGGAGGCCUGGCUUUGGCACCAUGGGGAAGCCUAUCAAGCUACUGGCCAACUGCUUCCAGGUGGAUAUCCCCAAGAUGGACGUCUACCUCUAUGAAGUAGACAUCAAGCCCGAGAAGUGCCCGCGUCGCGUCAACAGGGAGGUGGUGGACUCCAUGGUGAAGCACUUCAAGGUGACCAUCUUUGGGGACCGAAGGCCAGUCUACGAUGGGAAGAGGAGCCUCUACACAGCCAACCCCCUACCAGUUGCCACAGCGGGGGUGGAUCUGGAUGUCACCCUGCCAGGGGAGGGGGGUAAGGAUCGCCCCUUCAAAGUGUCCAUCAAGUUUGUGUCGCUAGUCAGCUGGCACCUGCUGCACGAGGUCCUGAUGGGGCGCACCAUGCCUGAGCCCUUGGAGCUGGACAAGCCCAUCAGCACCAACCCUGUACACGCUGUGGAUGUGGUGCUGCGACACCUGCCUUCCAUGAAGUACACCCCAGUGGGGCGCUCCUUCUUCUCCUCCCCAGAGGGUUACGACCACCCCCUGGGCGGGGGUAGGGAGGUGUGGUUCGGCUUCCACCAGUCGGUGCGGCCCGCCAUGUGGAAGAUGAUGCUCAACAUUGACGUAUCAGCCACGGCGUUCUACAAGGCCCAGCCAGUGAUCCAGUUCAUGUGCGAGGUCCUGGACAUCCACAACAUAGAUGAGCAGCCCCGGCCCCUCACUGACUCCCACAGGGUCAAGUUCACCAAAGAGAUCAAAGGUCUGAAGGUUGAAGUGACCCACUGUGGGACGAUGCGGAGGAAGUACAGAGUGUGUAACGUGACUCGCCGUCCUGCCAGCCACCAGACGUUCCCCCUGCAGCUGGAGAAUGGUCAGACAGUGGAGCGCACGGUGGCCCAGUACUUCAGAGAGAAGUACAGCCUGCAGCUCAAGUACCCCCACCUCCCCUGCCUACAGGUGGGCCAGGAGCAGAAACACACUUACCUGCCCCUGGAGGUGUGCAACAUAGUAGCUGGCCAGCGCUGUAUUAAAAAACUCACUGAUAACCAGACGUCCACCAUGAUCAAAGCCACGGCCCGCUCUGCCCCAGACCGACAGGAGGAGAUCAGCAGGCUGGUGCGGAGUGCGAACUAUGAGGCGGACCCGUUCGUCCAGGAGUUUCAGUUCCGCGUGCGUGACGAGAUGGCUCAGGUGACGGGCCGUGUGCUGCCGGCCCCUGGGCUGCAGUACGGCGGCAGGGCAAGCUUGGAACACUUCAUGUCCCAGCAGAUGAACCCUGCGGUGUCAUUGCAGAACCGCACAGUGGCCACGCCCAGCCACGGCGUGUGGGACAUGAGGGGCAAACAGUUCCACACCGGGGUGGAGAUCAAGAUGUGGGCCAUCGCUUGCUUUGCCACACAGAGGCAGUGUCGUGAGGAGAUCCUCAAGGGUUUUACUGACCAGCUGCGUAAGAUCUCUAAGGAUGCUGGGAUGCCCAUCCAGGGCCAGCCAUGUUUCUGUAAGUACGCUCAGGGAUCAGACAGCGUGGAGCCCAUGUUCAGGCACCUGAAGAACACCUACGCUGGCCUGCAGCUCAUCAUCGUCAUCCUACCUGGGAAGACCCCAGUCUAUGCUGAGGUGAAGCGGGUUGGAGACACCCUCCUGGGCAUGGCCACUCAGUGUGUCCAGGUGAAGAACGUGGUGAAGACAUCCCCUCAGACCCUCUCCAACCUCUGCCUCAAGAUCAACGUCAAACUGGGGGGCAUCAACAACAUCCUGGUGCCACACCAACGUCCCUCAGUGUUCCAGCAGCCUGUUAUCUUCCUGGGGGCCGACGUCACUCAUCCUCCAGCCGGAGACGGAAAGAAGCCAUCCAUCGCAGCGGUGGUAGGCAGUAUGGACGCCCACCCCAGCAGGUACUGUGCCACAGUGAGGGUCCAGAGACCCAGACAGGAGGUGAUCCAGGACCUGGCCUCCAUGGUGCGGGAGCUCCUCAUCCAGUUCUACAAGUCUACCCGCUACAAACCAACCAGAAUCAUAUUUUAUAGGGAUGGUGUGUCAGAGGGACAGUUCAGACAGGUGCUGUACUAUGAGCUGCUGGCCAUCAGAGAAGCCUGUAUCAUGUUGGAGAAAGAGUACCAGCCGGGCAUCACCUACAUUGUGGUGCAGAAGCGCCAUCACACACGCCUCUUCUGUGCCGACCGCAACGAGCGGGUUGGACGGAGUGGUAACAUUCCUGCAGGCACCACUGUGGACACAGAUAUAACACACCCCUAUGAGUUUGACUUUUACCUCUGCAGCCAUGCAGGAAUACAGGGUACAAGCAGACCUUCCCACUACCAUGUUCUGUGGGACGACAACUGCUUCACAGCUGACGAGUUCCAGCUGCUCACCUACCAGCUGUGCCACACCUAUGUCCGCUGCACCCGCUCAGUCUCCAUCCCCGCGCCAGCCUACUACGCCCACCUGGUGGCCUUCCGCGCCCGCUACCACCUGGUGGACAAAGAACAUGACAGUGCGGAGGGCAGCCACGUCUCAGGGCAGAGCAAUGGCCGAGACCCCACAGCCCUCGCCAAAGCUGUUCAGAUUCAUCACGACACACUGAGGACCAUGUACUUCGCCUGAGAGUGGGGUGUUGGGAGGGUAUUCUGUCAGCCUUGUCGGUCUCACAUUGGACCCUGGGCUGGCACAGCUCUGGUCCUGACAAGGGGAUGCCAAGCUGCUAAAGACAACAACUACAACAACAAUAGCCAGAGGGGAGUACAGAAACGUUAUGCAAUAUGAAACCAGCCAAUCCUCUCCCGGCCUGUUCUCUUCUGCUGUGUUUUUAAUUCAUCAUGGAUUGUCUCUGAUAUUGCUCCUUGAGCUGUGCAAGUCAUGUCCUCGCCUUACAGGUUUGACAGCAGCUCAACUUUUGCUUUGUGUUACUUUCAAAAUGCCAGAGUGUAGAAGACAAGACGGGAAUUGAUAAGGAUGGUUUCAGGGUGUGGAGGCAUAGCAGGUCCAGUAAGGAUCAGUCUUGUUCCUCAACACAGUGAUGAAUGAUAUGCUAACUUGUCUAUCCAUGGGGUUCAAUUGCAUAAGUUAUCCUCUUUACAUGUCUCUGUCAGCUUGUCGUUGUAUGUGCGUCUUCUUAUGUUCUGUAGAAGUCUGAUUUGCCAGGAUGAUGCCUGUUAGUCAAGAACGCUCGUGAAUCACAGCUAUGCCAUUUUUCAUACGGCAAGCUGCUCGCCCAGUUACUCUACUCUCUAAGCCAAUGGUGACUUACUUGUAGUCAUUGCGCCAGUCAAAGUUUAACACUGCAUUCUCUAUCAAUAUCAACAGAGUUAGUUUUUUUUACAUACAGCCACAGCCAUUGUUUUAGGGAUUACCUGUUAAGUACUGUUAGAAUAUCAACCCUAGCCACAUCAUGGACCUACUCAGAACCUUUACAGAGUUCACUGUGGAAGCUACAGAUUUCACUUUUCUUUAGUUUUAUUCCUGCUAUUUUAUGAGAUUAGUCUUAUUUAACAUUCAUUUUCAGCAAUAGAAAACUUAGUUUGUGACCGAAGAGGUUUUUCACAUUUUUAACUAAGGAACUGAUGAUGUCAUGCAAUCCUUAAGUGCAAUAAGUCGUUAAUGCAGAAAACAGGUCCUAUGGUUAACAUACCAAUUUGAUAUUUUUGGGCCAUUAUGAUCGGACAUGGGCAAGUUAUAACGGAUAAAGAAUGUAAACUGGGCCAAGAAUUGAUGCCAUAAAAUUGUUACGUGGGGGUGACAAAUGACAGUUAUUUUGUAAAUUGGGUGAAUGACAAAGUGCCUGUUUUGGGUGUAAAGAAGAAUUUGAAAGACAAAGGGUGUAUUUCUUUUCGUUAGAGCUCCUGUGAGAUUAGUUUGUUUAGUUAUACAGUCAAAUUAUUUCAUCCAAGCAUUACUGUAAGCAUGAUAUGUUGUCCAGGACUGUCUGGGGUUAGAGAGCAGAGCGAGUGUGGCUGCAUUGAUUCAGUUUCAUGAUUUCGUUUUUAAUGUGAAUUAUUAUUGAGUAUGUAGACUGACCAAUUGAAGGUGGGGACAGUUAGCUAACGGAUCUGUCUCAUUCAUUUUAACACUGGUGGUAGGAUUCAUUUUGCACUGUUAAAAGCAAGCAUUCAUAUUUCAGAGUUUUAUCAAGCCAUUUUGUCACAUUGUAUUUGAAGGGCAUUGUCUCUCCAUUUGCCUUGCUGUGAAGUAUCCUCCAGGUGAGGCUUUUGAGUUUCGUCUCGUUCCACUUGGACCAAACCAACGUGCCUGGGAUCAUCUGCUUGGGGAAUGGAUGGUAUGGGCCUUGUCUGAAUGGGAUACAGUUGAUCCCUGCUCUCACUGCCUUUGCAAAAGAAGCAGCCGCGUUGUAGCAUGGCCAACGUUUUGCCACACUCAUUGUCCUAUAGCCACGUGUUACCAGAACAAAACUAGCUGCUAUACUACAUUUUUAUUUUGUUCAUAUAUAUUUGUACAAAGAGACUAUAAGAAUGACAAUUUACUGCACUUAAAGAUGCAUGUGUUUCAGGUGAGACACAUGCCCUGGUGCUGAGAGAUGCAGUUUGGUGUGUGUGUGUGUGUGUGUGUGUGUGUGUGUGUGUGUGUGUGUGGGGGGGGGGUUAGUAGACAGACCGCCUCUGUUGUAGUCAGAGAUUGAGAUUCAUUGGGUGUUUUUCAAGGAUCAGGAGUAACAAUAGAGAGUACUCUCUCACUAUGAUACAGGGGACAUACUUUAAUUCCCAGAGGGUACGAUUGUUUAGUAACAUGGUUUACACCGGUUUGUGGAGAUCAAUACAGCUCCGCCCCUGGGGUUUGUGCGAAUUGUCACAGCUAAAAUUGUUACUUUCCUGCAAGAUGUCAGACAUUACCAGCAUUUGAUUUUACUUGAACAGCAUAGGUAGGAUCUGAUCAACUGCAACUGUGGGCUAAUGUGUAACUGCCCUGCUUGUGUGAAUAAUUUGUCUGUACAGCAGUAGUUCAGGAAGGAAUUCGCUCUACACUCACGUUGCCACGGAAUCGACCUCUAGAGCCAGUGGGUCGGGUUUUGCAUCUAGGAGGCAGAGCAUUGGGAGCUUGCGCUGUGUUCGUAACCAAGUGGGAGGUGGGAAUUUACCAGUUGUGAAGUUAUAAAUACCAUUCACACACUUUCAACUCAUUGAGAAAUGCCGAUUUUUGUCUAAUGUCCAACAAGCUGUGUAAACCAUAAACUAAAAGUACAGCUACACUACAUGACCAAAAUUAUGUGGAGACCAGAUCGUCGAACAUCUCGUUCCAAAAUCAUGGGCAUUAAUAUGGAGUUCGUCCUCCCUUUGCUGCCAUAACAGCCUCCACUCUUCUGGGAAGGCUUUCCACCUAAUGUUGGAACAUUGCUGAGGGGACUUGCUUCCAUUCAGCCACAAGCAUUAGUGAAGUCGGGCACUGAUGUUGGGCGAUUAGGCCUGGCUCACAGUCGGCCUUCCAAUUCAUCCCAAAGGUGUUCGAUUGGGUUGAGGUCAGGACUCUG